AUGGCAACUCCAUUCAACCUCCCGAUUUCGAAAACCCCGAAACCAGAAAUCCCAAAAUGGGCACCUCCACAACCGACGAAAAUGCAUCUAGACUGGGCUGAUCUACGAACCAUCGAACUUUCUCUCCUCGACUCUCCGGAUCCAGAAGUCGUGGCAGGGCUGGUGGCUAAGACGAAAGCUGCUAUUGAGGAAGAUGGGUUUUUGUUCUUGACUAACUAUGGGGUUUCGCUUGAACAGCUUCAUCGUCAGUUCGAUCUAGCUCAAUUCUUGCAUGCGAAUAUCUCGGAAGAGGAUAAAGCGAAACUGCUGUGGGACCCUUCCACUGGCGUCUUUGCUGGGUUUAAGCCUCGGUUUGGCUGGAAGCGAGAACCGGGGAAAUUCGACGGCAUUGAACAUUUUAAUUUUUAUAGCCCUGAGUUUGAGGAUAUUAAGAAGGUCCCGGAGUGUAUUGUACCAUUCAUGGAUGAGAUCACUGCGUUCUGUGAUUAUCUGAUGAAUUCUGUCAACCGACGGCUAUUAAAGCUGUUGUCGUUGGUUCUCGAAUUGCCUGAUGAUUACCUGUGGGAAAACGUUCAGUCGCAUGAUGGACUAGUAGGAGAUGGUUAUUUCCGGCAUGCGCUAUAUUAUCCUCUAGAAGCAAAACACAAAAAGGAGAGAAAGGGCAUUCGGAUGUACGGCCAUACAGAUUACGGCACAACCACUCUUCUAUUCUCCGUCCCUGUCACAGCGCUCCAGAUCUGGGGUUCAGAUAACAAAUGGAGAUACGUGAAGUAUAAACCAGGCGCCUUGGUUGUUAACCUCGGCGAGACACUUGAAGUGGCAGAACCUCCUGCAGACCAAGAGAACGAGCAGCGUCUUUCUCUCGUCUUCUUCAACGGUUCAAAAGGCGAUAUGCGUCUAAAGCCAGCAAUGGAAUCACCUUUAAUUCAGCGAGAAGGAUUUGUCCUGAAGCAGGGUGUGUUUACGCAGUUCAAAAAAUUGAUAGAUUCAGGCCGUCCGGUUCCUACGAACAAGGAAUGGAGAGAAGCACAGGUCCGCACUAGGCUUCAAAUGGCCCCGGAAGAACGACUUGCUGGGGCCAAGGAUAUAAAUGGUACUAAGUAUGGGGCAGAUGUCAUUCUUGGUGUUCAGGUGGUUUUGCCAGCUUGA